AUGAGGCCUGAGAACCAGAGCAGCGUGUCCCACUUCCUCCUGCGGGGGCUCCCCAGGCCCGAGCAGCAGGGCGCGUUCUUCGCCCUGUCCCUGGCCAUGUACCUGACCACGGUGCUGGGGAACCUGCUCCUUAUCCUGCUCAGCAGGCUGGACGCUCGCCUGCACACGCCCAUGUACUUCUUCCUCAGCCACUUGGCCUGCUCUGACAUCUGCUUCUCAUCUGUCACCGUCCCUAAGAUGCUCGUGAACAUGCAGACUCAGGACCAAUCCAUCCCCUAUGCAGGGUGUGUAACACAGAUGUAUUUUUUCAUUUUUUUUACUGAUUUGGACAAUUUCCUUCUCACCUCAAUGGCAUAUGAUCGGUACGUUGCCAUCUGUCACCCCCUCCACUACAUGACCAUCAUGAGAGAGGGACUGUGUAUCUUACUAGUAACCGGGUCCUGGCUCCUCUCUUGUGCCAAUGCCAUGUCCCACACCCUUCUCCUGACCCAACUGUCCUUUUGUGAUGACAACACCAUCCCCCAUUUCUUCUGUGACCUUGGUGCCCUGCUCAAGUUGUCCUGCUCUGACACCUCCCUCAACGAGCUGCUCAUUUUCACAGCAGGACUGGCCGUUAUUACUCUCCCACUAAUCUGCAUCUUGAUCUCUUAUGGCCGCAUUGGGGCGACCAUCCUGAAGGUUCCAUCUACCAAGGGCAUCUGCAAAGCCUUGUCCACCUGUGGCUCCCACCUCACUGUGGUGUCUCUGUACUAUGGGACAAUUAUUUGGCUCUAUUUUUUACCCUCAUCCAACACCUCCAGUGACAACAACAUAAUUGCUACUGUGAUGUACACAGUGGUCACUCCAAUGCUGAACCCUUUCAUUUAUAGCCUGAGAAACAGAGACAUGAAGGGGGCCCUGGAGAAACUCAUCAACAGAGUAAAAGUCUUGUUUCAAUGA